AUGGAGAAAUCAAAAACUCAACAAAAAACCGAAACAAAACGAAACCACCAUCACAAUCAACAUCGAAAUUCACUUUCCCACCAAAAAACAAUUCGUCCGCUCCAACCACAAGAUGAAGAUAAAUUAGAUCUUCCAUCAUGUAUAAUGAAUUCUCUAUAUUUGGGAGAUUGUUUCCAAGCAACUAAUAAGAAAUCAAUUGACCAUUUGAAAAUUACACACAUUGUUAAUUAUGAAUGUGUUAAAAAUAUGGAAAAUGUUAAAUUAAAAGAUAAUAGACAAGUGAAAUAUUUGAGAAUUCCAAUUGAAGAUGUACAUACUGAGGAUAUUUAUCAAUAUUUUCAAGAGGCACAUAAUUUUAUUGAAGAGGCAAUGUUUGAAUGUGGAAUUGUACUUGUACAUUGUGCUGCUGGAGUUUCUAGAAGUUCUACUAUUGUAAUUUCACAUGUUAUGAAAAAGAUGGGCCUUUCUUUCAUGUUUGCUUUCAAUAUGGUGAAGAGAAGAAGGAGAAUGAUCAUGCCAAAUGAAGGAUUUUUCAAUCAAUUAUUGGAAUGGGAAAGAAAACUAAAUGGUGGUAAAUCAAUUUCUCAAUUUAAAGAUGGAUACAUGGAUUUAUUGGAAAUUGAACAGCAAAUGUAUAGUUCCUACUAA